GCGGAAGCUACUUUGUAAAGAAUACAGAUGGAAUUAGAGAUUAGAAAGCCAGCAGAUUACAAGGCUCGUGUGUUUCUACGAAGCUGGGUGUUCUGUAAUAACCCCGCGCCUAUGUAAAGUACGCGCCGCAUGAACCUAACAAAUAGACAUAAGCGUCGACCCGUGGGGGAAAGGGCGUACGGCUACACGCGCAUGUAUGCCGGCGACAACGGAGGGUUAACGUUGACUCUAUCGUGGUAGAUUGUGCUUACUGAGCGCAUAGCCAGCCCUGUGCUACUGUUGAGUGCGUCUCCUGGACAAGGUGGGUGUAAUACAUGUGAACAGCACCAGCAUCACAGCGUACCCUGAACCCCGGACGCCACGUGUCGGCUGGUGACAGCUGUUAUGAGAGACUAGCAAGAGAGCUAUAUUCCGGAUGGAAAUUAGAACUGCUGCUGCUGCUGCUGCUGUGAUCAGAAAGGCGUGACGUGUAUGUACAGUCUCGUGGCAGACGCUAAUGCUUCUAGAUGACGCUCGUCUGUCGAAAGCUGGUGUUGUGAAAAGCUUGUCGAUGAAGCCUGGGCAUGUGAAAACAUCUGACAUUUGAUCUGAGCGAGCGUGCACACGCGGCUGAGCACCUAUAAAGCAAUCGGCGUUUUUAAGCCGAAAAACGAGGAGCCAUAUGGACAGCUGAACCCUAAGUGGACAAAAUGGAUGCAGAAACUUUGUUGCCCAUGCUGUUUUGGCAGGGGAUGCCUGGUGCUUAAUCAGGGGUAUCUAUCAGAGGCUGGAGCAAGCUUGGUGGAUCAGAAACUGCAGCUUAAUGUUGCACCAAAAACCAAGGUAGUGAAACUAGUGAGUGAGACGUUUAACUACUCUGCGAUGGACCGCGCAAAGUCAAAGACCAAACGCAAUCUGUCAGAGCGAUUUCCAGAGAUUGGCCGAAAAUUCCACCGGAUAGGGCUUCCACCAAAGACGGGCUCAUUCCAGUUGUUUGUGAGCGAAUACAAGGAUGCAGACUUCUGGCUGCGUCGCUUCGAACAGGAGCCAUUGCCUGAAUCCACCGGCAAGCAGUUCCAACAGCAGUUUGAGCGAUUAGUGGUGCUGGACUACAUCAUACGUAAUACAGACAGAGGUAACGAUAACUGGCUGAUAAAGCUGGAGAAGCCAGACAUAGUAGACAGCUCACCAGACUCUCCUGCUGCUACAAGUGAUUGGAACUUGGUUACAAGUCCGGAGAUACGAAUUGCUGCCAUAGACAAUGGGUUGGCAUUUCCAUUCAAACACCCGGACAUGUGGAGAGCUUAUCCAUACUACUGGGCGUGGUUGCCUCAGGCAAAGGUUCCAUUCUCAGAGGAGAUCAAGGAGCUUGUGCUUCCACAGCUCAGCGACAUGCACUUUGUAGAGGAGCUAUGUGAUGAACUACACGAUCUGUUCAAGAUUGACAAAGGUUUCGACAAGCACGUGUUUGAGAAACAGAUGUCAGUGGAUGAAAAGUGGGGACAGAUCCUGAAUCUGACGCAGGCUCUGCGGGAUGGCAAGUCCCCCGUACAGCUCGUGCAGAUGCCUGUGGUUACGAUCGAGCGGUGCAGGAGCCCACACGGUCCCCGCACGCGCCUCCGCUCUUUUGGUGACAGCUUCACGCAAAGCUUCCAGGAUCGAGCACCCUUCUUCUCCUGGUGCUGAUGUUGCAACGACAGACGCAUCCUUUCCACAAUGGAAGCAUCGUCUCACUGUGGAUGUGGGUGAAGUAUUCUCCCACUGUGGAAGCAUGGAAGCACAUCCGUGAUGUCGUCAUGGUGAUCAGAUCAUCCUAAUACGUACCACUUACAUAUGUAUCAUCUAUACAUGCAUGUUAAUAGGAUAUGUAUGUAUGUAUAUAUAUAUAUAUAUAUGUCCUAAAUGGGUAGUACUUCGUACUAUAUAUCAUACAUAACAUGUGUAUGUAGUACUACAUACAUAUUGUGAUGUAUCACCAGCCAGCAACUUUUGAAUAAUUCUAUAACUUGGUUGCAAUUCUAUAAUGAUCCUGGGAUUUUCAAUAAUGUUAUUGCAUCAUGAGGUUAUUUCGAUAAUGUCAUGUUCUUGCAAUUUUGUAACAUUAUUGUGAUAAUGUAACAUUGUUGCGAUAAUGUAACAUUGUUGUGAUUCUGUAACGUUGUGAUAAUGUAACAUUGUUGUGAUAAUGUAACAUUGUUGCAAUGAUGUAACAUUGUUGUGGUUUUGUAACAUUGUCGCGUUUCUAUAACAUUGCUGCGUUGGGCUAUACUAGGCACCAUGCAGCUGUUUUCUUGCUCAGUAGCUGGGAUUCACCAUGCAAACCGACACAUGUGAUUAGGUUAUGAUCAAGGGGUAGGUAAUUGUGUUAUAGGGGUAUACGCUGGGGUCGGGGGGGGGGUGACCUGACAGAGCACUGUGACGUACGAAAUUGACUCUCAACCCCAGACUUGACUGUGGGUUCACUAAUGUUUGCUCAUAUGCAGGCAAACUUGUUUAGUAUACACCUGUGUACGAAAAAAACAUGUCUGUUAAGAACACGUGACAUUUUCGUUGAGUGGCAGUUACACAGUGAAACCACCUUAAAUGAAACGAACACCUGUCUACCAAGUACACAUUUCUCACGAAUGACCUUUAAUGUACAGGUUUGAAUGUAGUGGUUUUCAGGUUGUAAAUGAUUCCAGAUUUUGUCCAGUCAUGGGGGAUGUGAUGUUCGUUUGCUAUUCUAGCUGCACCAAGCAUCAAGCGUUAUUCAUAUUCGUUGAGUUUACUAGGUGUAUAAAUUAAAUGUAUUUAUUAUGUUCACGCGUUGCAAAUGACCACCGGUAUAUGCUAAAAAAGGGCCGAUGCUAUUCUGUGUGCCUUCAUCUUAGAGCUCUCCUGUUAUAAAUGCACCCUAUCCUACCCCUACACAGCUCCCCUAUCCUUACACAUCUUGCCUACCCACACUUAUCUCCUCUACCCCUUAUACCCGUUAUCAUUACUGAUUGUUUACCCCUGCCGUCUCCACUCCCCUACCUCCUUCCCCUACUUCCCCACCUCUGUCCUCAUGUACAUCUCCUACGCUUCACUAUGUCGUUAUUCCCUGUCUUCCUAUCACACGUUGUGCUGCGGUACAAUUUAAUUUUGAUAUAACUAUAGUAAUCAGUCUUUCGUGGUCGCUCGUGAAUGGUUGUUUUCAUCGUGCUCUACGCGCUGUUAUGCGAACGCAUCAGGUGUUUAUUGCGUUAUUUGCGGUCGAUUGACGUUACCAUCAUUGAUUAUUUAUUUAUGAUUGCUCGAUACAGGUAUCGCGUGCGUGCGUGCGUGUGCGCGCGUGCGUGCGUUAUGUAUGUAGCCGUGUGGUAAUCGGGAGGUUCAACGUAUGAGAUUCAUAUGUGUAUAUAUAGAUACAUGCGUAUAUGGACCUAUAUCGACCUAAACUCUGUUAUCGCAAUCUCCGCUUGUCCACCGUGAGAGAAUCUUUCGCUGCUGCUGAAAGCUGCAAGUACCGAAUCGCGAAGAUGCGAGGCAGGGUCAAACUACAGGACGCUAAUCCCAGAGGAUUUCAGUGAAUUAUCGUAUCUGAUCCUUCGGUACAUAUACCUACUCUGUUUCUAGGCGAGGGAGAUGCAAGCAUAGCGGUGAGUAGACACGAUUCAUAAUCUUGUGAUGGAAUGUUCUAGAUUUCCCCUCCUCCCGCUGCCCGCCUCCUACCAUCCCCAACCCCCUCCCACCACUC